UUUGCGUGUUUUUGUACAGUAUAAUUAAAUUUUAAAACAUGAUACACAGGCUUCUCUCCAGUAUUUAACGUAGUUUGUACAUGUGCCCAUACCAUGAGGUAGUUUCGUAAAUUACUGCAGAAACUGUCCGUAAUCUGACAAAUGUCAGAGAGGUUAACGUGUGAUAAUGCUAUAGUGAGUGCCGAAUGUAUAAUGACAUUGCAGUUAAAACAUGAACAGAUUAUUAAAUGAAAACGGAAUAACAUGUUAAUACUGAAGUUACGUGUAUUGAAUAAGUCCGGGAGACCUACAAAUUAUGCACACUACCUCGUCUAUGACACAGAGCUGUUUAAAACAAUGAUCACUGAUCAUAAUCACAAAAAUGUACUGUAGAUAAAAAGUUAGUCACCUUAUGUAGUUGUAAACAACUCAAGAAACAGCAGACAUGGAUAAAAUUCAAUUAUGUGAAAGCUUGAUGAAGUGGCUACAAACCUUCGAUGUUGACGCACCACAUUCAACAGUGGAAGAAGUCAGUGAUGGUGUUGCAAUGGCUCAAGCAUUGGCACAGAUUGCACCUGAAUGGUUUACUGAGUCAUGGCUGUCAAAGAUCAAAACAGAUGCCGGUAGUAAUUGGCGACUUAAGGUCAGCAACUUGAAGAAAGUAAUUGAAGGCAUAGUGGAUUACUAUCAUGAUGUUCUUAAUCAACACCUUAGUGAUUUCAACAAGCCUGAUGUUGUCAGAAUUGGAGAAAAAUGUGAUGCUGCAGAGCUGGGGCGCUUGUUGCAGCUUAUUUUGGGAUGUGCAGUUAACUGCAACCAGAAGCAAGAAUAUAUAACCAAGAUAAUGAUGUUGGAGGAAUCAGUGCAACAGGUAAUAAUGCAGUCCAUUCAAGAGCUUGAGUCUGCUAGCCAGGCAAGUUUCGGUCCCGUUGCCGGAGUUGAACUAGAGGCAGAAGCUCAAAGGCUAGCUUUAGCUCUAGAGGUGGCUGCUGAGGCUCGUGACCAAAUGGCUCAAAGGUGCCAUGAACUUGACAUGCAGGUUACAUUACUGCAAGAGGAAAAAGCAAGUGUAUUAAAUGAAAACAAAAGGUUACAUGAGAGGUUGCGAGAGUUUGAAAUGUUGGAAGGCCCCAUGGCCGCUUCAGGUCACAAGUGCAAAGAAUUGCGUAAACAGGUUGAUGCCCUGAAGGAAGAAAUAUUUAAGUUGGAAACAUCACGAGAUGAUUUUAGAGCAAAAGUAGAAUUGCAAGAAAAAGAGCAUCUUGAGAUGCAAGCAAAGAUUGAAGACUUGCAGAAAAUGGCUGAUGAAGCACAACACCUGAAAGAUGAAGUUGACAUCUUGCGAGAAACAGCAGAUAUGGUUGGAAAAUAUGAAGCUACAAUAGAGUCAUAUAAGAAACGAUUGGAGGAAGUUGGUGAUCUUAGGAGACAAAUCAAAAUCCUUGAAGAAAAGAAUACUGACUACAUGCAGCAGAAUAUGGAACUAGAGGAGGAGUUGAGGAAGAGUGGAACACUGAAGCAGCAGUUAGAAAUGUAUAAGAAACAAGUAGCAGAAUUAGAUGAAAAAUUAAUUGAGGAAACAAAAAGAGCCGAUAGAGUUGAAUUUGAAAGUAAAAAACUUCAAGAACGACUGCAUGCCCUCCAGAGGGAAAAUCAGAGGCUAAUCAUUGAGCGUGAUUCCCUGAAAGAGACAAAUGAGGAACUGAAGUGUUCACAACUGCAGCAGCGUGGAAACUGUACACCAGAUACUCUUCUAGUUGAAACUGUGCCUGAAAACAUGAUAGCUCCUGAAAUUAAGGAAAAACUUCUGAGGCUGCAGCAUGAAAACAAGAUGCUGAAACUGAAUCAGAGAGGUGAUGAUGAUGAAAAAUUAUCAGUUGUGCAAGCAAUGCUUGAGGAUACGACAAAAAGAGUUUCACAGCUCCGAGCAGAUAAUAGACUUGCAAACCAACGUAUUAUGGAGCUAGAAAGUCAGCUUGAGGAGGCACAUGAGCGUGAUGACAGUGGUGGAACUGGUUUACGGCACUGUGUCACCACACUCCAGGAACAACUGAGAGUCAUUCAGUCUGAGAAGGAGCGAUUGGCAUCACAGCUUGAAGACCUUGAAUCUUCAAUUAAUGAGUACAAACGAAGGGAUGCAACAUUACAGGAUACAUUGCGCCGCAAAGAUCAGGAACUUCAGCAGCAGAAUGAAAGGUAUCGAAAAUAUGUAGAAAAAGCAAAAGAUGUCAUUAAGAUAAUGGAUCCAAAGCAGAGUGUAGAUGCCACAGCCGAAGUUGCAGUUCUCCGUAGUCAGCUCCAAGACAAGGAAAAGAUCAUUGAGGACCUGGAGGAACAUUUGGUGCAUUCCCUUGGAUGACCCUAAUCGUAAAAAUAUUUGAAAAACAGGUAUUCAAACAACACAAGCAUUGCCCAAAGGCAGAUUUGCGACAGUGAUAUUUCUUCAUAUGAAUCUCACUCCGGAAAGAAACAUUGUUAUCAUUGGUGAAGAUUUCAGACAUUGACGAUAAUUUUGCAGCAAACCAUACAUAACAGAUCACUUUCCUAUUAACUGGUACCUGCAAUUGCUUAUAAGUCAAGUCACAUUACAAGAAUUUCACCAAAAACAAUUUCAAAUAAUUUUCUCAUUUUUUCUCUUUUGUAGUUCAUUCAUCUGACAUACCACUUCAUUGUUAAUAGUAAGAUAAGCAUAUCAGAAGUUUUGUAUGUAUUCAUCCCCUUCAUCCAGAGCUUGGUAAAAACAGCUAAAAAUGAAGUACAUGAAUGAGUACCAGUUGUGUAUGUGUGUGUGGGGAGGAAAAAAUAAAGAUGCUAUGUUAAAAGAAAGUGUUUUUGUAUGAAAAGACUGUGUUA